UUGAAGUUGAAUAUGAAGAAAUGCCAGCAAGUGUUCUAUGUCCUGUAAUAUCAUCUGUUCUACAUGAGAUAUAUCAAGUAACAUCCAUAAAGAUAUUCCAUUUGAACACAUUGAAUAAUUGA